AUGGGUAGCAAGAAAGAUUUAACCGAAGGCCAACAAGGAGCAAUAAUUUAUGGCUACAAACGUGGAGAUUCGCUUCGUACUAUUGCAGCUGCAGUUGGUUGCUGCAAAUCUUCUGUAGGAAACAUUAUAGAGGAGUACAAGAGGCAGUCUAUAUGCCAAAAAGAGAGGCCGGGUAAUCUCAAUGAACUGGAUGCUCUCGUUAAAAAGUCAUGGAAAGAUACACCACCAGAACUUUGCCGUCGGCUGGCUGAUAGCAUGAUCAAUCGG